AUGAGUAAAGCACAUUUAGUUAAGGAGAUGAUUAUAAUAAGGGAGGAAAUGAGGAAUAUCAAUAAUAGAAUAUUAACAACAAACUCUUCUAGAAUCUUCGAAUGCCCUCCAAUUUAAAAUAGAAAUGAAAAGAUUAAAAAAUAUUGCUGCUAACUGAUAGCCUUAAAACCUAAAUCAUUCAAGUAGUAUUUCAUUUCAGAAUAAUAUAUACACGAUUUAUUGAAUAAAAUGGAUUAUGAAAAACUACUUAAAAUUUCAUUGAAGUUUAUCGUUAAAUAUUUACGGAAUUAAGAUGAAGAAGAUGAAGAAAGUUCUGAAAAUGAAAUCAAUUCACCCAAUAAUAUGAAGGAUGUUAAAAAGUUCAGCUAAAUGAUCAGAGAUAUUGUUUCACCAAUUAAAACUAAAAUUACUACGUAAUCCUAAUUCUUCGAUCCUAAUUUAAGAGGCAUCCAUAAAUCAUCACAAACUUUCAGUUAAAAUUAAGAAUCAAAAGCAAAAACGAAUUUAAGUUUAGGCAUACGACAAUAAUCCUCUUUAUUAUCAUCCAUAUAAUAAGAUAAUUUAAAUUCACCCAAAUUUAAUGACAAUAAAAUAAAUGUGAUUGAUGAAAUUUCAUUUGAAAAAUCCUCUAUUAAUAAAGAUUAAUAAAACAAGUAUAAGUUAGAUCAAUAAUAUAAUAUAUAAAAUGAAUAUUACAGUUAAAGAUUAGAUCACCACCCUUAAACGAAUGAUAAAAUGGAUUAUGAUAUUAGUUUAAUCACUACUCCAAAAUAAAGAGAAUUAGAUAAUUAUAAGCAGACAUUAAAUACUAGUAUGAAUAGUUCUUUUAAAGACACGAAGAGAAAGAUGAAAAAUAAGUCUUUGCUUCAAUCAAAGCAAUUCUAGCAGUUUGAAGAUAAAAGAUUUCCAAAGAAAGAAAUUCCAUUUACAAUGCUAUCCGUUGACCAUUUACUUAAGAGAAGAAAAACUCCAGAGAAAAAGAGAGACUUCAAUAUAAUUACGAAUUCUUGA